AUGGAAAUCGAUGCCGCCUUUACAGUUAAUCAUAAGACAUUUUAUCGGUAUGAAGUCAUGCUUGCUUUCGAGAAAUGCUCUGAGGAAUUUGUCUUGGUGGUUUUAUGCAAAGAGUCUAGCUGUUUGUAUGUCUAUCAAUCUCGAUAUUAUGAUUGGUUGAUUUAUUCAACAUUAAAAUCAGAGGAGGUGGUAGUCGACUUUGUGGUUUCCAACAAUAUAAUAUAUGUUGUCACUAACAAUGGCAACAUAGGGGUACUCAACUUGAAUUCUGGAAAUAUUAAAUUUCUAAACCUCAAGAAUACUCCCGAGAAAGUUCGCUAUAGAGAUCCCUCACAAAUAUCCUUUAAGUUGGUUAAUUGUGAUGAGCAACUUUUACUGAUUGAUUUUCGAUUAUGGUACUCAUCAAGAAGGGGAGUUUACAAGAUAGAUUUGUCAACUACAACUUACAUUAAGCUGAAAACUUUGGGUGACAUUGCAUUAUUUUAUGUUACUGGUCAAAAUUGUCGGGCAUUGAGCAACCCAGAGAGAUUUGGGUAUCGGAGCAGUUACGUGUAUGAAGUAAAUUGUUUUUCGCAAUGUAUGUAUGAUUGGAAUGAUCAUAGAGCAAAAUUAUAUCCACAUGGAGGUGGAGACUUGAGUUUCUUUGAUUGGUGUUUUAGACAUUCAAUAUGCCAAGGUUCUGUUCGGGACUUCAAUUUCUUUGAUUGGUGUUUUAGACAUUUAAAAUAUGAAGUUGAUUAUUCUUUAGUUGAAUAA